CACCCACUGCCCUGUCGCCACAAACCCUAGCUCAACUGAGCCACCACCCCCUCCCCAAAGACAAUCGCAUCUUUUCCGUCUCUUCUGAACCCUAGCUGUUCGUCUUCUCAAGCCUCGAAACGAUGUCGGAUGACGAAAGAGAGGAGAAGGAGUUGGAUCUCACUUCUCCUGAAGUCGUCACCAAAUACAAGAGCGCUGCUGAGAUUGCUAACAAGGCUUUGCAGUUAGUCUUGUCGGAAUGCAAGCCAAAGGCAAAGAUUGUUGACAUCUGCGAGAAAGGCGAUUCAUUCAUUAGAGAGCAAACUGGCAAUAUGUACAAGAACGUUAAGAAGAAGAUCGAGAGGGGUGUUGCCUUUCCAACUUGCAUUUCUGUUAACAACACUGUCUGUCAUUUUUCUCCCCUUGCCAGUGACGAGACAGUGUUGGAAGAUGGUGAUAUGUUAAAAAUUGAUUUGGGUUGCCACAUAGAUGGGUUCAUUGCAGUAGUUGCGCACACUCAUGUUCUUCAGGGAGGGCCAGUGACGGGUAGAGCAGCUGAUGUUCUUGCAGCAGCAAAUACUGCUGCUGAAGUUGCUCUGAGGCUUGUAAGGCCGGGAAGAAAGAAUAAGGAUGUAACAGAAGCAAUUCAGAAGGUUGCUGCUGCCUAUGACUGCAAAAUUGUCGAAGGUGUACUCAGCCACCAGCUAAAGCAGUUUGUGAUAGAUGGGAACAAAGUUGUACUGAGUGUUCCCAGUCCAGAGACCAGAGUUGAGGAUGCAGAGUUUGAGGAGAAUGAAGUUUAUGCAGUAGAUAUAGUCACAAGCACAGGUGAUGGGAAGCCAAGGCUACUUGAUGAGAAGCAGACAACUAUUUACAAAAGAGCUGUCGACAAGAGCUAUCAUUUGAAGAUGAAAGCUUCUAGAUUCAUUUUCAGUGAGAUUAGCCAAAAGUUUCCCAUCAUGCCAUUUUCAGCAAGGGCUUUGGAAGAGAAGCGGGCUCGGCUGGGUCUAGUGGAAUGUGUGAAUCAUGAUCUUUUACAACCAUACCCUGUUCUUCAUGAAAAGCCUGGUGACUAUGUUGCUCACAUCAAAUUCACUGUCCUGCUAAUGCCAAAUGGAUCAGAUCGGAUUACAUCUCAUUCACUGCAGGAACUGCAGCCAACAAAGACGACAGAUGACCCAGAAAUCAAGGCCUGGUUAGCCUUGGGCACGAAGACAAAGAAGAAAGGUGGUGGGAAGAAGAAGAAAGGUAAGAAGGGGGAUAAACCUGAAGAGUCAGCAGAAGCUGAACCUAUGGAUGCAACAACUAAUGGGGCAUCUCAAGAAUGAGAGGAUGUUCCUUUUUGUGCUUUUUCUUUUUUUUUUAAAUGUCAAUUUUGGUACUUCACUCCUUUGUAUCUGGUUGAUUAAGAGUUGAUUUCGAUAGUGUUAGAAAGAUGAUCCUAAUCGGGGUUUCCUGCCUAUGCAGCUGAUGCAUGCAUCCAGGGUUACCCUUGUAUCUCUUUUUUUUCUUCAAUCAUUUUUAUGACAAUUGAAAAGCAGGAAUUUAGGUUCAAUAAACAUGCUGGCACAAUGGAUGAGA